AUGCUUGAUGAGGCAUUGAAAUUUCGAAAAGCUUUUGAUAGGAUGGGAGAUGAUCUCGAUUCUUUAUACUUAAUGUACUUCAAGGAAGAGGAAGGAGAGGAAGAAGAAAAUGAAGGCAUUGAAGGAAGUGGAAACAAGAAGGGAAAGUUUAAGAUUAAUAAGAGGGUAGGGCCAUGUAGUGAUGAAGAUUGGGACAAUGUCGUGACAUUUGUUAUGUUUCUGAAGACCUUCUAUGAUGUUACUUAUAAAAUUUCAUCUUCUUUGCAUCCAACAUCACACACAACGUUUCAUGACUUAAUUGUCAUAGAUUGGGAGAUUCAGGACUUGUAUAGACAUGAUGUUACAACUCCUAUUGAAGCACUGACAGCCAUGGACACACUUUUAAAUGAUAUGGCAGUAUUAAUGAAAAAAAAAUAUGAUAAAUAUUGGGGUGAACUUCAUAAAAUAAACCCAUUCUUAGUGAUAGGAGUUGUGAUUGACCCCCGGUUCAAGCUUCGGAAUUUGAAGCACAUCUUUGAGGAAAUAUUUGAACAUGAUACUAUUUGUGAAAGAUUGGUGGCUCAAAAUACAAAUGAGGUGAAACAAAUUCUUUUGAAUAUGUAUGAAGUGUAUAAGCCUAGUAGUAACAAUGUGGGUGCUAGUAGUACUAUCAAUAAGAGUGGUAGUACUAGUACUAACAAUGAAACCGAAUCUUCUUUGAUCUUUGGAGGGUGGUGGAGAAUAAAGGGUCUCAAGCAUCCAGGUUCGGCAUUAGUUGCAAGGGAUGUACUUGUAAUCCUUACAUCCACAGUAGCUUCAAAGUCAUGUUUUAGCACCGGUGAAAGAAAAUGGUGGGGAGUAAAACGUCCAAUGCAAGUUUGGAUGGAUGCAGCUAGUGUUUUGGAAUGA